AUGAGAAAUGCUGUGUUUGGGAAAGUGGCACAAAGUUCCAUCAGGAGGAUUGCAAAAAAUGUAUUUUUACAUCUGCAUAAUCUGGACCUUGGUUUCCACCUGAGCAGACAGACAGGAGCACUCUCUAAAGCCAUUGAUCGGGGUACAAGAGGCAUCAGCUUCGUGCUCAGUGCCCUGGUGUUUAAUCUGGGACCCACAAUGUUUGAAGUUUUCCUUGUUAGCAGCAUAUUGUAUUACAAAUGUGGAGUCCAGUUUGCAGUUGUAACUUUGGGAACGCUUGGAGCUUAUACAGCAUUUACCAUUGGAGUCACGCAGUGGAGGACAAAGUUCAGAAUAGAAAUGAACAAGGCUGAUAAUGAAGCUGGAAAUGCUGCUAUAGAUUCACUUCUCAAUUAUGAAACCGUUAAGUACUUCAACAAUGAGAAAUAUGAAGCAGAGCGGUAUGAUAGUUUUUUGAAAAUAUAUGAAAAUUCCUCUCUGAAGACUACCUCAACACUAGCCAUGCUGAACUUUGGACAAAGUGUAAUCUUUAGUAUGGGCCUGACAGCUGUCAUGGUGCUUGCCAGCAAAGGAAUCCUUGCAGGAAACCUAACUAUUGGGGACUUGGUUAUGGUAAACGGGCUACUGUUCCAGCUUUCAAUGCCCUUGAACUUCCUAGGAACGGUCUACAGAGAGACAAGACAAGCUCUAAUUGAUAUGAACACACUCUUCACUCUUCUGAGUAUAGACACAAAAAUUAAGAAUAAAGAUUUGGCUCCCGCAUUAGUGGUCACUCCUCAGACUGCAAAUAUCGUCUUUGAUGAUGUCUACUUUGAAUAUUUGGAGGGACAGAAAGUCCUAACUGGUGUGUCUUUUGAAGUUCCUGCUGGAAAGAAAAUAGCAAUUGUUGGUGGCAGUGGCUCAGGCAAGAGUACCCUGAUCCGACUUCUGUUCCGGUUUUAUGAGCCUCAGAAGGGAAACAUAUAUGUGGCUGGUCAGAACAUUCAGGAUGUCAGUCUGGAAAGUCUGAGAAAAGCCAUUGGAGUUGUUCCCCAGGAUGCUGUACUUUUCCAUAACACACUUUAUUAUAACUUGAUGUAUGGUGAUAUUAAUGCCUCACCAGAAGAAGUGUAUGAAGUAGCUAAGUUAGCAGGACUACACGAUGCUAUUCUCCGGAUGCCUCAUGAUUACAAUACUCAAGUAGGAGAACGAGGGCUCAAGCUGUCAGGUGGAGAAAAGCAACGAGUGGCAAUUGCCAGAGCAAUGUUGAAGAACCCUCCUAUUAUUUUGUAUGAUGAAGCCACUUCUUCCUUGGACUCCAUUACUGAGGAGAAUAUUCUCAGCUCAAUGCGUGACAUAGUAAGACACAGAACCUCUGUGUUCAUCGCUCAUAGGUUGUCCACUAUUGUUGAUGCAGAUGAAAUUAUAGUUCUGGAAAAGGGUAAAGUGGCAGAGAGAGGGACACAUUUUGGACUUUUGGCAAACCCAAACAGUCUUUAUUCUGAAUUGUGGCACACACAAAGUAACAGGGUCUUAAACAGUCAGAGCAAUCAGAAGUCUGAGAAAAGUAGCCAAGAAAUGUCCAAAGAGGAGGAACGAAAGAAGCUGCAAGAGGAGAUCAUUAACAGCGUUAAAGGAUGCGGCAACUGUUCCUGCUGA